AAAGAUAGUCAACCGCAAACUUUUUUCUUUUUACUUCCGGUCGAAUGUAAACACAAAACAUGUGGUACUUCUACAGAGAUUGAUCUCCAGUAUUUUCAAGCAUAUUUUUUGACACGUUAGUACAUACGUAAAGCUGACAUUCUAUAAUAACCUAUAGCUAGCUGAUACGAAGAUGAAAAUAGUGAACUCUCACAAUGAAUGGGAUCCUUUAGAAGAAAUCAUAUUGGGAAUACCAGACUUUUGGUGUACACCUCAAAAAGAACCAGGGUAUCUACCUACUAGCAGAACAGGAAAACAGAGUGAUGAAUACAUACACAAAGCAGCUCUCCAGAUUGACAACUUAGAGAGGGUACUUAGAUUCCAGUGUAAUGUCACAGUUAGGAGACCUGAUAAAAUUGAUUUUACACAACCCAUGAGGACACCGUUCUUUUCAAUUGAGCAUCAACAUGGAGCAUCCUGUCCACGUGACACCCUGCUGGUUAUCGGGAAUGAAGUUAUUGAGUCCACUAUGAGCAGUAGAGCUCGAUAUUUUGAGUCCAUGGCAUACAGGACAAUACUGAAUGAUUAUUUUGAGAAGGAUGAAGACAUGUUAUGGACGAUGGCUCCCAAGCCGACCAUGUCAGAAAACAUGUAUAAUUUAGACUUUCCUUUCGACACAAAUUGUCAGGAACGUAAAGACUGGAUACAAAAUUAUAAAUAUGUAAUCAAUGAAGCAGAACCAUGUUUUGACGCAGCUGAAGUUUUGAGACUGGGAAAAGAUCUGAUUGUGCAGCAGAGCAUGACAGCUAAUAGAAAAGGCAUUGAUUGGCUCAGACGUCAUGUGAAAUCUCGUGGUUAUCGAGUACACGAAGCUCACUUUCCUGGUGAUCUGAAUCCAGUACAUAUAGAUGCAUCACUGGUCCCAUUAGUACCACCUACCAAUGAAAGGAAAGGAAUCCUCGUCAACCCUCCAGAUCGACCAAUCACAAAGGAAGAUAAAGAGAGAAUAUUCACAGGUUCAUCUUGGGAAAUAUUAGAUGCUCCAUUCCCUAACAGCAUGGUUGUACCCGAGUCUUGUGAGUCUAGUGCCUGGCUGAGUAUUAAUCUGUUAAUGGUAGGACCAGAUAGAGCAAUUGUUGAAGAAACUGAAUUACCUACCAUCAACUUCCUUGAGUCAUUAGGUAUUAAAUGUAUUCGUGUACCGUACAGAGAUUCCUACAGAUUUGGUGGCAGCAUUCACUGCCAGACGUCAGAUGUUCGACGUAUUGGUGAAUGUCACAAUUACUUUCCAAAUAUGGACAGCAAUGAAAACCAGUGACAAAAGCUGAUAUUUGACAGUCACAUUAUUGUCUUUUUUAAUCAUGUUUCUAACAGGACAGCAGUGGAAAUCAAACACCCACAAAAAGCUGAUAUUUCACAUAUUCAUGUCUUUUUAAUAAAUUUUUAUAUGAAAGCAUAAUAAACAGGGGUUAAAGGUUA